CCACCACAGGCUCGCGCCUCGACUGCACCCUCGCGUCGCCCAGCCAGCGUGCGCGCCGCUGCUCCCUCUACUCUCAGCCAGCCGCGGCCAUGUCCAUGCAGCCGCCGCCCACGCCGAGCGGCAGCACGCCGCGCACGUCGAUGCGGCCCCGCCGUCCGCCGGCGGGCGCCGGCCCCUCGUCCUCGGCCGCAGCGUCGCGCCUCGCACGCGGCGGCACGUAUGCUCGCACCACGGCGCCGCGCCUGCGUCUCAACCUCAACGCCGGCCCCGCUGCCGGCUCGCUGGGCGGCGAGGGCACGGGCCCCAAGACGGCCGCCUACAUGCAGGGCUACGACCGCGAGCUCGACUCGAGCGACGACGAGACGGGCGAGGGCCUGGCGUUCGAGGAGCAGCUCGUGCUGCGCAUGCCGCCCGGCGCCGACUGCGAGCGCCUGCGCGACUGGGUGCGCCGCCGCGAGAUCGGCAAGGAGGGAGCGCAGGUGGAGCUCAAGUUCAAGGACUCACGCCGCGCCGUCUUCCGCCUGGGCGACUCGCUCUUCGCCGCAAAGCUCGUCGAUCUGCCCACCAUCCUCGAGACGCACAAGACGCUCGACAACCGGCAGAUGUUCAAGAUUGCAGACAUCUCGCAGAUGCUCGUCGUCUCUCAUCGCGUUGGCAGCGAGGCUGAAGCCACGCGGGCCGCACCUGGCGCCCAGACGAGCGCGGCGGGCGGUGGAGAGCGAAGCGAAGCCGGCGCGGGCGAGUACGUCUGGGACAGCGGCCUCACUCCGCCGAUGCAUCUGGCGCGGAAGCGGCGCUUUCGCAAGCGCGCAAACAAGAGGAUCAUCGAGACUGUCGAGAAAGAGGUCGAACGUCUUCUAAAGGAUGAUCAGCGCGCGGAGCGUGUCGAGUACGAGAUGAUGGACGCCGCCAUGGCCGACCUGUCAGAGGACGAGGGAGACGGCGAGGGCGGCCAAGCAUCAGCCGCGGACGGAGCAGCAGGCGGCGACGAUGACGCCUCAGCGAUGGGCGACGGGGCGUCCAUGUUCGGCGACCAAGAAGACCGCGACGACAUGGAGGAUGACCGCAUGGAUGAGGAGAGCGGUUGGGAGGACGACGGCGCCGUCGGCGAGGUGGACCAUGCUCUGGCCGCCGAGCUCGAGGCCGCCAUGGCAGCCGACGUCAGCGACAGCGAAAGCGACUCUAGCAGCCGCACGCAGAGCCGACGCGCCACGAGCGAAGACGUCGACGGCGACCUGUGGGGCGAGGACGAGGGCGAUGACUCGGGCGGCGACGACGACGACGGCGCCGAAGACGAGGAUCUCGACGAGGAGGAGAUCGAGCGGCGGGUGCGCGAGAGCCAGCUCGAGGGACAGUGCCGAGACAUGGAUGCGCACGUGAAGCGCAAGCAGGCGGAGGCCAACGCCACUCCCAAUGCACUCAUCCGGAAACGUCAGCUCGAGGCGCUCAAGCGUCUGAUGACCGAGCGCGACCUCAAAGCAGCUCAGCUCGAGGAGGUCCGGGCCGAGCGGCGCGAGCGUGCCGCCGAGUCCGCCGCUGCUGCCACCGCCGCUGCUGCUGCCGGUGCGGCCUCUGCCGCCUCCGAGGCAGAGCAGGGCGCGGAGCAAGCGGGUGACGCCAGCUCGGCUUCGGCAGCCACGAUUGAUGGCGCCGGCAAAGGCAAGGAGCACAGCGAAGGACCGCCCAGCCACGAUGCCAGUCACGUUCCGCUACAGGACAGCACGGCGUCACGCUCCGCAGAGCCAAGUUCAGGCGCUGUUGCCGGGCCUGCUGCGGGCAGCGCGGCCGAGCAAUGACACGCGUCAGACAGCGAGCUGACAGCUUUGGCUUGCGCGGGCACAACGUCCCUGAUCCGUGUGCACUUUGCAUUCUCCUGGGUGACAAGGCUUCCUCCCUCACGCUCCCUCGGCUGCAGGCUCCGUCCCGGUCUGCGAUGCGUCGCUUCGCGCGCGCUUGUGCUCGCGCAGCGUCUCGUCCGUUGCGCCGUCACGCUGUGGUGCGCCGUUGCCGCUGUCUGCCUGCGGAGUGUCGCGCUCCAGUGCAUGCGACAUCGCAGCUGCUGGCCGGCCAUCGUCGACUUCGUCGAUGAUGCCGCGCGGCACCCCGAGCGGCAC